AUGGAUAAACAAAACAUCAUUGAAGAGGUAAAUCAACGGCUUCUAAUAAAUGUCACCGAUACCGAAGUAGUUCCGGAACUCCGAUCGAUAUCAUCGAACGACCAAGAAUCCGAAUCAGCUAACUUCUCACGGUGGUCACUAUUUUACAAAAUCUGUCUCGCCAUAACAACCGUCGGUGCUUUAAUAGCACUUCUCUCGCUAAUCAUAUGCAUUACACCAACACCACCGACCGUUCACGUGCACUCCAUGCAAAUAUCAUUUGCCGGCCACAAUCUCCCGAUCUGGUCAGCGAAGUUCUCUAUCAAGAACCCUAACGGGAACAUCCAUGUCAAAUACGAGAAUCCUUCGGUGUGGGUGUUUCACCGGAAAAGACUCGUAUGGACGGUUGAAGUCGGCUCGUUCGGGCAGAAAGGCGGGGAGGAGAACGAGGUGGUUGUGAAAGGAGACAAAACCGGAGUUAUCGACGAAGAGGCGGCUAGGGAAUUGGAGGAGGAGGUAGCUGUGACGGGAGGAGUGGUAGGACAUAUUGAUAUGGUGUUUCUAGGUAGAGUAUGGUUUUAUCCGGGAGCUUCUAUAUGGGGAAAACAGAACAUGACGGCUGUUUGUGAGAAUGUAAGAGCUAAGUUAACGUCUAAUGAUGACAAAAUCUAUGGGUCAAACAGAUCGGGUUUGUCGUUUGAUGGUCGACGAGAUUGUAGUGUACGUCUCCCUAUGUUUCCGUAG